UCAUUUAGCUUCUUUCCUCACUGAGGAGAAGCAACACUGGAAGGAAACCAGCGAAAAGCUGGCUGUUAAAGCUGUAUUUUUCUCUAAGUAACUCAAGAGAACUGAUUUUAAAUUCAAAGAAGGUGCUGUGGUAGCCUGUGAGCAACAUUCAGACAUAGAACACUGUCUCAUAGUGUUUUCAAAUCGAGCAGUCGUCUAAGUACGCUGUUUGAACAGCUUACAGCAUCUGCUAACAGGAGCUAGGCUAACUUAUUCGGCUAACCGGCAUACUGUCUGUAUGAUCCGGGAGCCGGUGUGAAGAAGCUAAGAGGUCCAUCGGUGUUAAUAAUUAGUAAAAUAGAUGAUUGCGCUGUACGAAAAAGACUUCCGACACCCUCAGUGUUUUCGCAGUGGAAGAAUUCAAGGUUCAAGCUACCGGUUGGGUUAAUGUUUCAGCUAACAGGAGCUAGCAGCAGCCUCAGGUAACUCGGGUGCUUCUGAACCACUACAGAGGAUGGCCAAUCAACCUGCCGCAGGCUUCACCUGCAGGGCCAACAGAGGAAACAGCCCAGGACCAGUGUCCAGUUCUGGCCACUCUCGUCCUCACCAGUCCGAGUCAGAGUGCGAACUGAACCCGGCUGUGAAGUGCUUAGCUGGGCUUUGCAGCAGGGACGAAGAGGAGCGAGCAGCGGCUCUGGAGGAACUGAGCCAAGCGGUUCUGCUGUGCUUAGGGGUGGACCGAUCCGGGUCGGCACGGCUGAAUAAACAAACACUUCUGCAUCUGCUCCGGCUGUCCAGAUCGUGUCCCCUGCAGAAGGUUCGAGGGAAAGCUACCGAGCUGCUGCGGACCGCACAGGAACACGGUGUGGAAAUCCCUCGUGCUCUGGCUUUAGGUCCAAGUGCUUUCAUCCAUGCAAAAGAGAUGAUGAAAGAAGGGCCAGACCAGGACAUCCUCAUUGAGUCUUUUCUUUCAUCGGGUCGUGUGGACCACAUCACCAUGGUGAUGGCGUUGCACCCUGCUUACCUCAGCUGCUUCCUGAGGACCCAGCAUGCUUUGUUGGAGCUGGAUGGCCCUUUGCCUCGUCACUGGAGACAUUAUAUUGCUGUUAUGGCUGCAGCUCGUCACCACUGCCCGUAUCUGGUGCAGCAGCACAGCGCCGGCUUCCUGGAGGCCGGAGGAGAGGAGAGCUGGCUGAGUGACCUCCAGUGCGCUCCAACCAAACUCCGCAGCCUGCAGACACUCAACAAGCUGCUGGCUCACAGACCCUGGCUCAUCACACAGCAGCACAUCCAGGAGCUGGUGUGUCCUGGUGCAGAUCCUCGCUGGUCAUUGGCUGAACUUAUACAUGCUGUGGUCUUGAUGGCACAUGCUCAUUCACUCAGCUCAUUUGUCUGGGGCUGCGGAUUAAACCCGGAACCCGACCACAUCGGAGGUUACACAUUCCAACCUCCGUCACCUGGACACCUUCCUCGAAGUCCUCAUAGCCCUGCUCAUGAAGACAGCAGGCAGGAACUGGUUGAUGGUGCGAUGGAGGUGGAGGUGUUGAUGAAGAGGAUGGUGGAGCUGCAGCAGCAGCAGGAAGAGGAGGAGUGCACGCAGGAGGAGAUGGUUACUCGCUUUGAGAGGGAGCGGAGUGAGAGCAUACCGACAGCGGUUGUACGGGGAGCACCACCUGACCUGGUGCUCCAUUUGGUGGAGGAACCAGAGUUCAGAUACGAGGACUUUGCUCCAAGAGGAGAGCAGGCACCACCCACCAUGAGAGCACAGGACUACUCAUGGGAAGAUCACGGCUACUCUCUGGUCAACAGACUUCUGCCAGACAUGGGUCAGCUCCUGGAUGAAAAAUUCCAGGUUGUGAGCAACCUGACUUACCACAGGAUGGCCAUGCACGAAGGUGUGGACACUCACACUCUGAGAAAAGCUCUGUGGAACUACAUCCACUGUCUGUACGGGAUCCGCUAUGAUGACUACGACUACGGCGGCGUGAAUGUGUUGUUGGAGCGCUCUCUGAAGGUGUUUGUAAAAACCAUGGCCUGUCACCCCGAGCAGACCACGGCACGCAUUUACCAGGCCUUCUGGAGACACUUCAGACACUCUGAAAAGGUUCAUGCAAACCUCAUAGUGAUGGAAGCCCGCCUACAGGCAGCUCUUCUUUACACCUUACGAGCCAUCACUCACUACAUGAGAUGAUGCCCUCGCCCACUCACAAUUCAUUUUUGCAGAUGCUGAGCCAGCUGUGAUAUACCACAGCCUAAUGCAUUACACAAGGAUAGACAAUCUUUUGCACACACACUAACACACAUCUACACACCCACACACACACACACACACACACACACUACAGUGAAUAUUUGUGUAUGCAUAUCUUAUGUUUCAGUGUUAGUGUUUCUUAAUGCUGCUUUGCACCUGGAUAUCUGAGAUGUAGAAUUUGUUACUUAUUUUGCACUGAAGUUGAUCAGGUUUUGUUUCACCACUUGAGCCUCAGGAGUAGUUCUGAAUAUCUUGCACAUGUACUCCAUCUCACAUGGACAUAUCUAUAUGCUACAUGCCAGGUGUGCUGGUGAAAUAAGACCUGGUGUGACUAACUCAUCAACAUGACUCGAGUGUUUCUUCUGCAGAUUUUAGCUGUCCAUCCCAUGACUACCCGUGCCUCAUUCCUCUGUCUGCAGCACGUAGUGGACUGAGAUCAAAAAUACAAAAGAACUUGUAUUUUUAUAUACAAUAAAAAAUUGCUUUGUUAUUAAAACAAAAA